AUGGCCCACACCUAUUUUGGCCUUGGGUUAUCCACCGAGUUAUCCACGUGGAUAACUGGGUGGAUAUCUACAUCGGUGGAUAACCAGUCAGCAUUCGACCGGGGUGUACGCUUUGAGGGAUUGGCUAAGUUGACCUCAUUGGAAUCGGAAUGUACGGGAGAUGAAGCAAGUAACGGGUAUGUGCAGGUCUUCGUUAGAGCAAUACCUGCGAUUGUGGGCGACAAGUUACUCAUGAACGACGAGCUGCGAGAUCUUGUCAAAGGCUACCUGGGAACUCUCGAAAGCGAGGGAUCAUCCCCUCCUAACCUAUCGCAGCAAAAAGAUGCCGAUAACACCAAGGACGACGAGUCGCGGUGGCUCAAGGCUCUUCGCUGGUGUCCACAGGAGCUUCUGGAUUGA